UCUCUCUUAAUCUAUCGUUACCUCCAUCUCCAAACUAACCCUAAUUUCAAUAUUUUCCCCCCAAUUUCAUCUCAAAGCUGCAAAUUCGACACAGCUGAUUUGUCAUUUUUUCCCUACUUUCGCGCAAAGGAAAAGAAGAUUUCGAGACAUGAAUUGAUACAAAAAGUGAGACAAAUUGCUAGAGACAAGUUGCUGAUUUCGGCCAUCAAGUCUUACAAAACAUAGGAAAUAUGUCUACCGAAGGCGAUGAACCCGUAAUUCAAAUUGAGGACUCAGUUGACAGUUCAGUCCCUAGUUCGAUAAGUUGAAAGUUUUUUUUCAAGAAUAUCUCAAGUCCUCAAAUGAAGCAAGCACUUCAUCUUCACAAAGAUCAAUUAGAGGUAGUCCAAACAUUCCCUCAAAUGACUUGCAAGAUUUUGGUAGUUACACAAGUAAAUUGUGUGAACCGUCAAGAGAUGAGUCUGAUUUGGAAGCUUAUUUGAAUGAAAAAAAAAUUGAUCAUGAGCAAUAUGCUGAUUUGGAUGUUUUGCAAUAUUGGAAAGCAAAUGAGGGUAAAUAUCCCAAACUUUCUAUAUUGGCACGUGACCUUUUGAGCAUUCCAAUCACUACAGUUGCAUCAGAAUCAACAUUUAGUAUAGGUGGACGUAUACUUGAUAAGUAUCGAAGCGCUCUUAAAUCUGAUAAUGUUGAAGCAUUGUUGUGUACACGUGAUUGGCUUUGUGAAAUUCCAGCUGCAUUUGAUAUUGAUGGACCCGAUUUUGUUGAGGACCUUUCAACCUUCUUUUCCACAACAUAAGGUUACUGGAAGUUGCCAUCUAUCUUGGGAGAGCAUUAUACAAAUAUGGUUCUUUAACUUGAAGAUGAGCAAUGAUGAGAAAAGUUUUGGCAUGCAAAGAAGAGGUGGAAAUGUGAAGAAAUUGAGUGGCUCCAAUCAGUUGGGGACUUUGAUUUUAUGGAACUUGAAUUCAACUUGUUUCAACUUGGGAUAUGUAGCUAUUAGUUUAGUAUUGUAUGUAAUCUUGAAUUUGAAUCUUGUUUCACUUAGAAAUUCUCUUAUGUAAUUCAAGAACUUGAUGUAAUUGAAAUCGAAAGGUUUGUACUAAUUUUAUAUCACUUUUUCUAAACUUAUUAACAUUAAUUAUGUCAUUUCAGACUAGUGUAUGUCUAGUUUACU